AUGGCGGCGCCUCUGUUUUGCAGCUUCGUGCUGAUGCUCGUGUUCAUAUUAGCUGGCGCCCGCGCAGCGAGUGCAAGCUGCGGCGCCUCAGAGAAGAUUUUGGAGGGCACUGUACGGACUGACAACGCGGGUGUUCAAACAGAGCCCCUCAUGGAUAGCUUCAUACUGCCUGAGCCUGCGCUUGUCAAUGACUUUCUGCGGAAUCACAGUACAUUCAAGAACCCGCUCCUGCCGUCCAGUCCUCCGCUUCAGCUCAUCAAGUGCGAGGUGUAUCUUGCUCUUCUCGGGAGAGAGGGUUUGUUCAACUUUUAUGCUGCGGAGCAUUCGGGGGGCUGUCGAGUGCCACCUCCUGUGCUGCCACUACCGGAGAGUAGCUACUCCGCCUACGGAAAGUUUUGGUUUGUUCAGCUGCGACGUUCUCUAACUUCCUGGCGCGUUCUGCUCAUCAUUGCGGCGACUCAUGGAGUAAUACACCUCCUGUCGUACCCCUACUACGAUACGGUUGGCAGUUCAGGAAAGAAGUCCCGCAACGGCGAGAAUGGGACACAGAGCAGGCAAGCAAAGAGGCUCAAUGACGAUGACAAGCAAGCCAUCCUUAUCGCCAGCAUAUUGUUUGGUCUCCUGCUUGCUUUCGUUGUGUGGAUACAGGCUCUCGUCCCUCAACCCCUCCAGCUGCCAGAUCCAUCCAUCAGUAUCAAUCCUUUCCUCCAUGUUUCGAGCAACACAUCAUUGAGCCUUCACCGCUGCACGGUGCCUUGGCCAGGCAUAUCAAGCGAACAUUUCCUCUUCGAUUUCUACAUCGGGCUGCCCAGCACCAUGUGCGACCGCAUCCUUGCAACGCAGGUCAUCUAUCCAGACUACGUUACCAAAGGGCCACCCAAUCUCGUAGGGACGCACAUUUUGGUCUGCUCGAAAAGUGUAGUGCACUAG